AUGGGCAAUGUUAGUUCUUCUUUGGAAGAACAACCAAUAUUAUUUAUAAAAAAACCAGAUCGAUUCAACAUUUCAGAAAUAAUAGUAUCAAAUCAUAACAAUGAUCCGUACAUUUCUUUUCCUGUUGCGUCAAACUAUAUUUCCGCAAUACCCAACACCAUAGAUCUCAUAGAGUUUUUACAAGAUCCAAAUUCCAAGGCUGUAGAUCCCAACAAACUACUACUGAAAUUGAUAAAAGGCGAAGAUAUGGAACUCAAACUAAAAUUUAGAUUUAAUAUUGGAGGCAGUGACGAGAAAAAAUCUGGCAUAAAAGGACUUACAUUUAUUAAUGUUGCUAGUGAAAAAGAGUUGGCUAGGAUAUUGACUGUCGAGUUCAACGAUGAUCCUAAUUUACAUAAACAUCCAAAUGUGACUUUGAUAGGAGAUUAUGGACCUGACGGCAAUAAACCCUCAGAUAACGAAUGGACAUGGAAGUGGUCACCUCCCCACAAUAUGGAUGAAAUUCAUCGCGGCUGGAGAAACCAUUGUUGCUUUGCUGAAUAUGAUAAAAAAAAUCAUUCUUUUCAGCUGUUAGCAUCGUUUACGUUUUGGGUUGCUGGCAAAUCGCCAUCCAUUACUAGUGGUGGUGCUGGGAGUUGUCGUCAAUCAUCAGAAGAUUUGACGUACGAGUGUGAGCCUGAGGACGGACCUCUGUUUCGUGCAACUCUUACAGCAUUUGAAAAGAAAACGGUUUCAUUGAAACAUCAUAUUAAAAGAAUAUUGAAAGCUGCCAUUGCUUCUCAUGAGUUUUUGAUCGGAUCUCAGGGAGCUGACCAAGAACUUUUAGACGCUUUAAGGGAUGCUGCUGUAUCUCAUCCACAAGCCUUUCAACCUGUGCUAGAUAGUUUCCUUGAAGAGGCGUAUAAAAAAAUUAGCUUAUAUCGAGAGAAUGUUGCAAAUCAAAUGACCAUGUUGCUCAUAGAACCCUUACGUAAAUUGUAUGAAAAUGAUAUAAAGGUGGCCGAUAGCAAAAAGAAGGACUUUGAAGAAGAAUCGCGCGACUACUACCAAUUUCUCUCUAAAUACUUGUCUAUUAAAGUUGAUUCUGCAAAAGAAAAGAAAAAACUUGAAUCUGAUACAAAAUAUCAAAGUAAACGUAGAAAUUUUGAAUUAAAAAAGUUUGAUUAUUAUGCAUAUAUGCAAGAUCUUCAUUGCGGUAGAAAAGAUCAAGAGAUUUUAUAUCAUUUGAUAAAUUUUGCAGAACAACAAUUUACUUUCUAUCAACUGACAGCCACUGGUAUUUUAGAUAUGAAACCGGGGUUAGAUAAAUUGGGUAUAGAUGUUGCUGAAGCAGCAAAAGAGAAUCAUUUAAUGAGGAAAGAAAGAGAGGAAAGACGUAGAGCAUUGGAAAUUCGUAUGUCACCAAAUUCAACACCAACUGUCGAGAAUCUUAAUGAAUAUGAUUUAUCGAAUAACAGCCAUAAUAAUAAUAUUGGCGGUGGUGGAAAUAUAACGGAUAAUACAAAUGAUGGCACAGAUAACGUAACAAUGAGUCAAAUAGGUUCAUUAGUUCUUGCAGCAAAUCGAUUCAAAGGAAUUCGUGAUUUGGAACAUCAUGAUACAGAAUCUGCAUCAUCGGUUGGUAGAAAGAAGGAAGGAUUUUUAUUUGCUACAUCGCGGGCAACACAACAUGGAACUACAGAUCCAAUCGCAAAAAAUACUUGGCACAAUAAUUGGAAAAAACAAUUGGAAACACAUAACGAGCCAAUAAAUUUACGAUUUGCCACUGUUAGAGAAGCAAGGGGGAUUGACCGCCGAUUUUGUUUUGAAGUAAUUACACCACAAUUUAGAAGAAUAUAUCAAGCAAUGUCUGAUGAUGAUAUGAGUUCUUGGGUUACAGUAAUUUCCAAUGCAAUAGAGAGCCUUCUAAAUGGUACUAGUAGUUGUCGUAAUUUAGAUAAUCGAAUUUUAACUUCAGAUACAGGAGAUCCUGGAGCAGUAACGUUGUUUAAUAAUACAAAAUCAGUAAAAAGAAGAGGAACUCUACCCAGCUUGUCGGAUAAAAGGAAGAAUGACAUGAAAAAAAAUCAUGUUGCUGUUUCUUCAAUAUCUGAAGAAUCAAAAAGGCCUACACAAUUAAAUGGACAAGCUCGUAAAAAUUCAAUUUUUAAUAAAAACUCUACUAAAAUUCUUGAAGAAAUCAUAGGCUCAGAUGCAUCUAAUGUUUAUUGUGCUGAUUGUGAUUCUCAAUGUUCUGGGAUUCAUCGUAGUUUAGGAACUCAUGUUUCAAAGAUUAGAUCCCUUACUUUGGACACAACUUCUUAUACACCAGAUCUUGUUCAAUUGAUUAAAUCUAUUGGAAAUGCUCGUUCUAACGCAAUUUGGGAAGCAAAUCUUUUGCACUCUGAUGAAGAAACUGAUUUACCGCCGAUCCCACCUUCAAAGGAUGACGCGCCUCCUCCAGUACCACCAAAGGAUCAUAUACCAUCCAAAGGUCAAAAUUCAGAUUGGGAUGAUCUUAUUAAUCUUAUGACACCAACACCGGCAUCGACGUCAUCUACCGCCCCCACUACAUCACUAAUAAUUACACCGUCAUCACCACUAUCAUCGCCAUCAAUAGGAUCCAAAAAAAAAAUGGUUAAAAUGAAAAAACCAUCAAGUACAGAUUCUCGUGAUAUCAAGCAGAAGUUUAUUACAUUGAAAUAUGUUGAUAAAGCUUUUGUUGAUUUUUCACUUGUUGAUGAAGAUAAGACGGCAACUGAUAUACUUUUUGAGGCAGUAAAGAUGAAUGAUGUUCCUCAAGCAAUGCAAGCGAUUGCAUUGAAAGCGGAUUUAAAUGCUACAAGACGUUUUGAAGUUGCAGAUGAUCAUGGAUUGAAGUCACCGGUGAUAUUAGCCUUACUUCAUAUCGAACCUUCAAGAAUGAUAUUUGAAAGUGGGAGACCUUUGUUCCAGAUGGCAGAAUUACUUUUACAAAAUGGCGCAAGUCUUGAUAAUGUCUUGUCAGAUAAUCUUGUGGAGAUACUUGGUGUAGCAUCACAACCAAUUACACGAAGUUCUGCGAAAAGUGUAGGUACUUGGACUAAAGAUAUAGUGAAUGAUAUAAAGAAAUCAGGGAAAACUGUGUAUGAUGUUGUUCAGUCAAGUGGGAAUAAUGCAGCAAUUCGAUAUCUUACACCAAAAAUGCUUGCGAGAGGAACUUUAAAUCCCACUAUUAAUUCCAUCAGCAAUAACAACAACAAUUCUAUUUCUAAUUCUAAUUCUAUCAUAACAACGACAAGCACUGGUGGUUUAGCAGGAGGACAAAUUCCAGAAAAAAAGCUAUCAACCUCAAACAUAGGUCGGUCAAUAUCAGUAACAGUCAAAAAUGUAUUGUCAUGA